AUGACUACGUCAAAAACAACUCGUCGUCAGGUCAUCAGGAAAAUCGUAUCGGUCCAAUUCAACGACAAGUGCGACGACGAUGCGACCAGCAUCAUCGCGUAUGAUGAGGAUAUAGUCGCUAAUUACGUUACGUCGUUGAUCUGCAAGUUUCUGCAGUUCGACGUUAAUUUCAACAUCAUGCUGGUCUUUGCUCACAGCUACGAUGUCCAACCGUUCCACGAAAAAUACCUACAGGACUUCAACGCUACCGUCCUCGACUCGCUAGAGCGUGAGGGCGAAGACUCUUGGGGUGACUACCGUUCCAAACAAACCAAUAUUCUGCUGACAUACAAGAUGGCCAUGUUCGAUGCAUGUCCCUACACAGACAUGAUCAUCUUUGUCGACUACUUGCCCGACCUGGAUGACUACUCUCACGCCAUCAGAAACCUCAAAAAUGGCUAUGGUUUCUGCUACCUGGUUUUCGACCCGGAAACCGUUGAGGCUGCUGACACCAUCUCCUCCAUCUACCAAAAGUACGACCUCCACAGACAUCUCCAACAAUACCACUCUAUAGCCGAUGACUCUUGCUCUGACUUGGUCCCGGUAGAUCCCAAUAUGGAAAUGCUGCUGUCCAUGUUGGAGGUCGAAGAGAAUAACGCAAUGCAUAAGCAUAACUACUACGACACCGUCACCUACUAA